AUGGCGCAAUUGAGCGGCCGGAGAAAAUCCCUUUUUUACAGUGAACAAGAUGAUAGUCUUUCUACAAACUUAAGCACUGUUGCUCUUGAUGAUUCUGAUAUGGUGGCUCUCAAAACCGCAUUUGACAAGCAAAUUCUGUCUGGUCAUCCAAUGUAUAUCGAAGAGCAAGAAGAUAUUGACUCAAUUAGGUGGGCAGACAUUAACGAUGAAGCAAAGCGCAGUCUCAAGAGACGACCCUCUUACAUCUCGUCGCUUGAAGUCUACUCGUACGAUCAGAUUAGUAGGAAAAGAGCUGAGUACGUUAACGGCUCGUUUCAGAGCGCAAAACACAAUGUCAAAAAUGAUAUAAAUGAGUGGUUUUUAUAUCCCAAGCCUUUGCCGAAGUUUUGGAGAUUUGACAGGGACAAGAGAUUUGAAACGCCCAUCGGAUCUAAUCACGAAUUCAAUGAAGUUGGCGGAACUUUUAGACCAGAUAGCGGAUUCUUCGGCGCCGACGAAGAUCCUACGCUCUACACUGGGGAGUUUUUUGACAUUGAUCACUACAAAUUCGAGUUCAACAAGCACGUGAAGCCACUGCAAUCUUCUGAGAAGUUCGAUUAUGAUAAGUUUGUCGAUUCUGUGCCACCAAUAUCUGGAUAUCUCCGAGAUUUUGAGGCUACCUUCAAUUUCCUCACCUCAUCUCAUCUUGAGCCUAUUGCCUCUAAACGAAUCGAUUACCUUGUGAAUAAGUUUGAGCUUUUCCAGCACUUAAAUGGCAAUUCGGAGAUUGCAGAAAACAAGAAAGUUUCGCAUCGCGAUUUCUAUAACAUUCGGAAGGUUGAUCAAAAUCAUUUGCUCAGCGGAUGUGUCUCUCAGCGGCAGCUCAACGAAUUUAUUUGGGAAAAACUCAACUCAGAAGCAGAGCGAAUAGUAUAUAAGGAUUCGAAUGGCAAUGAGGUUACACUGCGACAACUAUUCUGUCAUGGGAAAAAUGCAAAAAACAACGAAGAGGCCGACAUCGGCUUAAGAGCUGUUGACGAUACUUUCUUAGAAUGGUAUCAAACCACCUACUUGCCUAAUUAUCACUUGACUGGUUGUAUUCCGGCUUCCAUGAGUAACAAAGAAGAAAUGUACUUCAUGAUUGCCAGAACGUUCCUCGAGUUUGACAAUUUUAUCGAUGGAGAAUAUUUUGCUUUACUAAUCAUAAAGCAUGUUAUCCACAACCUCGAGAGAAGCAAAUAUCAAAUUGCGCAGCUGUCAAUUGAUUUCCAGUUUACCGAAAGCUGGUGGUCAAAUUUUGCAAAAUGGAUAGUAAGAUGGCGGCUGGUAUCUUACAACAUAAGAUGGAACCUGAGAAUAUCGCGAUGUUACUCCAAAGUGUUUUCGACGGGCCAGGUGCCAAAUUUCCAGGCGUUUCUUGACAGACUUUUCCAACCCUUGUUAAAUGCCGAAGCAGAAAACAAUAUCGAGUUACAGUUUGUGUUGUCGACACUGUGUUGUUUUGACAUGGUGAACCAUAUGGAAGAUGACUACACUUGGACAUCAUUCUCGAAUCCCAUCCAGGAGAAGCCUCUCCAUUGGGUGGCUAAAGGUGAUAAUCCACCUAUUUCUCUUUACAUGUACUACCUUAAUCGGUACAUUGCGGAAUUGAACAAGCAGAGAUACGAAAGACAUCAAAAUACCUUUGCUCUGAGAAAUUCGUGUCCGCAAAAGGGUAAUAGAGUUUCUCAGUUUUUGCCCAAGGCCAACACCACAGAACAUGUGGAGGCCUUAAUCUCCAACCUUUUGCUGUGUCAAGGUGGACUACUGCACGCAGAACCAUUAUGGAACUCCUCCCCUGCCAUGGUUUAUGCAUUCUAUCUUCUUCAAAUUCCCCUGGUUUUGUCACCAUUGUCUUCCGUAUCCCCAUACCAAAGCAUGGUGAAAAGGCAGCUCUUUGACGACCACCAAACAAGAACAAGAGAUGUCACUAUCCAGCGACAAGGAACGUACACGCAAAAUCCAUUUUUUCAAAUGCACAAAGCUGGCCUUUUGGUCACACUUUCGACCAACUCGGUUUUGCUGAACAGCUCAUACACGUCGGAGCCAAUAAUCGAAGAGUUCAGUGUGGCUGCAAGCAUAUACAAGCUGAAUAGCGCGGAUUUAUGCGAAUUUUUGCGAAACAGCAUCGUGAGCAGCGGAUAUGAGGGUUUUUACAAGAGGCAUUGGAUCGGAGUAACAACGGGAAGGACAUCUUUUUUCAAGGACGACAUUGGCGGUAUCGAUCUGUGGUAUGACAUAGACACAGAGACUCGCUACAGACAUAACGUUCCAGACAUGCGCAGAACGUAUCGCCGUGACACUUUCAAGAGUGAAUGGGAAUUUGUACGUAUGGGGACUGUCUAUACAGCGGAAUCGUUUCCGGAAUUUUGA